AUGUCCGCGACGGCCGAGCUCGAGUGCGCGAACGCGCGCGCGUCCGAACACUCGGCGCGCGCGCGCGACGCGGCGAAGCGACGCAAGGCGACGGAGGCGGCGGCGGAUGGAAUCGCGGACGGCGGCGGCGACGACGACGGCGACGCGCGCGCGCGCGCGAGGACGAGCUGCGUGCACGAAGUCGCGGUGCCGCGAGACUGGGUCGGCGACGUGAAAGCGCUGCGGGACCCGCGGUACGACGGCGCGAGGGCGAAGGAGUACCCGUUCGAGCUGGACGCGUUUCAGCGCGCGGCGACGGCGGUGCUGGAACGAAACGAAAGCGUGCUCGUCGCCGCGCACACGUCGGCGGGGAAGACGGUGGUGGCGGAAUACGCGAUCGCGAUGGCGUUUCGGGAUAAACAGCGGGUGAUAUAUACGUCGCCGUUGAAGGCGCUGAGUAAUCAAAAGUAUCGGGAGUUGAGCGAGGAAUUCGGCGACGUCGGGUUGAUGACGGGGGACGCGUCGAUUAAUCCGAAUAGUACGUGCAUCGUGAUGACGACGGAGGUGCUGCGGUCGAUGUUAUAUCGAGGCGGGGACGUAAUUCGCGAGGUGAAGUGGAUCGUGUUCGACGAGGUGCAUUACAUGCGGGACAGAGAACGCGGGGUGGUGUGGGAAGAGUCGAUCAUCUUUGCGCCGAAGGACGCGCGGUUGGUGUUUUUGAGCGCCACGCUGCCGAAUGCGCUCGAGUUCGCGCAGUGGGUGACGAGCUUACAUAAUCAUCCGUGUCACGUGGUGUACACGGAUCAUCGACCGACGCCGCUGCAGCAUUACGCGUUUCCCAAGGGCGGGAGCGGUUUACAUUUAGUCGUCAACGAGCAGAGUCAGUUUCGUUCGGACAAUUUUGCGAGGUUGCAGCAGGCGAUCGCGGAUGGGGCUGAGAAGAGCGGUGGUUCAGGAGGCGGCGGUCGCGGUCGCGGUCGUGGCGGUGGACGCGCACGCGGCGGCGGCGGCGGUCGUGGCGGUGGCGGUGGCGGUCGCGGCGGCGGGUCGAUGGCGGACGCCGAUAUUUUGCGCAUCGUGCGUAUGGUGAAGGAGAAAACCUUCUUCCCCGUCAUCGUGUUUAGUUUUAGCCGACGCGAGUGCGAAGAGUACGCCAAAUUCGUGUCAAAAUUGAAUUUCAACACUCCCGAGGAGGCUGAGCAGGUUCGUGAGGUGUACAACGCCGCACUGCUGAAUUUGUCCGAAGAAGACCGUCAGUUGACGGCGGUGCAAGCGAUUUUGCCAUUGCUCGAGGCGGGCAUCGGCAUUCAUCACAGUGGUUUACUUCCGGUUUUGAAGGAGCUCAUAGAAAUUCUGUUCGGCGAGUCGCUGAUUAAGUGCUUAUUUGCAACUGAGACGUUCGCCAUGGGACUGAAUAUGCCGGCGAGAACCGUCAUUUUCACCGCUGUUAAAAAGUUUGAUGGCACCGAUAUGCGCGUUCUCGCGCCCGGAGAGUAUACGCAAAUGUCCGGCCGAGCUGGUCGACGUGGUAAAGACGACCGUGGUAUCUGCAUCGUCAUGUGCGAUGAGCGCAUGGAAGAACACGCGAUGAAGGAGAUGAUUCUUGGGAAGCCGCAGCCGUUGAACUCAGAGUUUAAGCUGAGUUAUUACAGUAUUUUGAACCUCUUAAAACGCGCGACGGGGACGAUUGACGCAGAGUACGUCAUCGCUCGCUCGUUUCAUCAGUUUCAGCACGCCAAACAGUUACCAGAAUUAAAGGCUCGGCUCACUGAAGUACAACAGGAGGCGGCGAAGAUAAAGUCGGUGGGUAGCGAAGAGAUUCAAGAGUAUAUCAAACUCAGACGCGAUUAUCGCGAAGCCGAGAAAGUGGUCUUGCGCACGAUGCUCCAACCGGCAAACUGCUUGCGAUUCUUCACUUCGGGUAGACUAGUUCGCAUAAGAGAUGGCGACACGAAUUGGGGGUGGGGUGUUGUCAUCCAAGUUUCCACAGUUAAAGAUGCGAAGGGUGGCGACGUACACGUGCUCGACUGUUUGCUUCGUUGCGGUCCAGGCGCGGCAGAGGGUAGACUUGCGCCUGCGGACGCAAAGAAUCUGAAGAUGAACACAACGGAAAUCGUACCUGUGGGCACACAUCUCGUUGAUGCUAUUAGCGCGAUGCGCUUCACGCUUCCAGGUGAUUUGCGCACGAAAGAAGCGCGCGAAAGCGUUUGGAUUGCCGUCGAAACUGUUACGAAGAAACUCACCGAAAAAGGCCAGGUGAUUCCGCAAAUACAUCCUGUCGAUGAUAUGGGGAUUAAUGACGUCGCAUUUGUGCGCACAUACCGUUCACUUGGCGCGUUACGCGACAAGUUCCACUCGCACGCGUUGUACAGCGAAGCGGAUGCGCUCGAGCGCAGCGAAAUGACGGCAAAAAUCGACGUCAUCGAGCAGAAAUCAGAGCUCCUCGCUGAAGCGUCGAGACUGGAGACACAGAUUCAAUCGAGCGAGUUGACAAAGUUCCGCGACGAUUUGAGCGCGCGAAGUCGAGUUUUGAAGAAACUCGGGCACAUCGACAAUGAUGGCGUCGUUUUGACGAAAGGUCGCGCCGCGUGCGAAAUCGACACCGCUGACGAACUCCUAGUCACCGAGCUCAUGUUCAAUGGCGUAUUCGCCGGUCUAAGCCCUCACGAGCUCGUUGCCUUGGCGUCGUGCUUCAUGCCCGUAGAGAAAAGCAACACAUCGAACAUGGAUAAAUCCGCAAAGGCGCUCGCGAAGCCGCUCAAAGCCCUUCAGGACGCCGCUCGAGAAAUUGGCAACGUACAAAAAGAGUGUAAAAUCGACAUCGAAGUCGACGACUUCGUCGAAUCAUUCAAGCCAACCAUGGUCGAAAUCGUGUACUGCUGGGCCAAAGGCGAACCGUUUUCCGAAAUCGUCAAAAAGACAGAUCUAUUCGAGGGCACCAUCAUUCGCGCCAUGCGUCGCCUGGACGAACUCAUGAUGGAAUUACAUCGCUCGUGCGUCGCCGUCGGCGACGACGGCUUGGCGAAAAAGUUCGAGCAAGGCGCGGAGAGUCUGCGCCACGGCAUCGUCUUCGCCGAUUCACUGUACACCUAG